AUGCUUCCUUCUCAACUGAACGGCGCCAACGGCUCGCCGAAGCGAGCAAGCCUGUUUGGGCGCUCCUCGCCCUCGCCAGCGCCAUCGCAGACCCGUCCAAAGUCUGCCAUCAUCACACCAUCCAAAGGAUUCGAGCCGGCCAAAAGUCACCUCCGCAACUCCUCAAUUUCACAAAUAUCCUCCACUUUAUCUCCGGCAAGUGCAACCCGUGAAAGGUCCAACUCUGGUCGAAAUAAUGCCUCUUCUGGAACCUUUGCGCCGAGCUUCAUCAAGUCUGAGGAGCUUAAGCGCGGGGCCGACCAGAUUCACGGAUUAGAAGGCGACAAUGAUUUCUCGGGCAAUAAAUAUGUGUGGCUCCGAGAUCCUGAGAAGGCCUUUAUCCGUGGUCUAGUAUUGAAAGAAUUGGAGGGAGGACAGCUCCUUGUGCAGAGCGACGAUGGCGAUCAACGCGAAGUCGAUGCGGACCAGGUCGACAAGGUCAAUCCGGCCAAGUUCGACAAGGCAGAUGACAUGGCCGAAUUGACACAUUUGAACGAGGCUUCGGUGGUUCACAACCUUCACACCAGAUACCAGUCUGAUUUGAUCUAUACAUAUUCCGGACUCUUCUUGGUUACGAUCAAUCCGUAUUGUCCGCUACCUAUCUACACCAACGAAUACGUGAAGAUGUACAAAGGCCGUGGGCGAGAAGAGACUCGGCCCCAUAUUUUCGCGAUGGCGGAUGAGGCUUUCCGGAACCUGGUGGAAGAGGGCGAGAACCAGAGCAUUCUUGUGACUGGUGAAUCCGGUGCCGGUAAGACCGAAAACACCAAGAAAGUCAUCCAGUACCUAGCAGCGGUUGCCACUUCCGAUACGCCUUAUGGUCGAUCAGGCACGAAGAACCUCUCCAACCUCUCCCAACAAAUUCUCCGUGCCAACCCUAUACUUGAAGCCUUUGGAAACGCUCAAACGGUGCGAAACAACAACUCCUCUCGAUUCGGCAAAUUCAUCCGGAUAGAGUUCUCGCGUUCCGGCCAGAUCUGUGGAGCAUGGAUUGACUGGUAUCUGCUGGAGAAAUCGCGUGUCGUGAAGCCGAAUUCCAGCGAGCGAAACUACCAUGUCUUCUAUCAGCUGUUGCAGGGCGCGGACAAGAAGACCCGCGAAAAGCUCCUGCUCAACAACAUGCAAAUCGAGGAUUUUGCUUACACAAGAGACGGAAAUGAUUCUAUCGUGGGUGUGUCCGAUAGUGAUGAGUGGAACUCUCUAAUUGAGGCUUUCCAUGUGAUGAACUUCUCAGAGGAAGAUCAAUUGUGCAUCUUGCAAACGAUUGCCGCUGUCUUGCAUCUCGGCAAUGUGACCAUUGCGAAGGAAAGUGUUCGCGCAGAUCAAGCCGCCCUUGGUCGCGAUGGAUAUGCUAGCGUGGAGAAGGCUUGUCACCUCCUGGGCAUUGCCCCAGAGCCAUUCGUGGAAGGACUGUUGCAUCCUCGAGUGAAGGCUGGUCGUGAGUGGGUCAAGAAAGUGCAGACACCGGAGCAAGUACGCCUGGCGCUUGAUGCCUUGUCCAAAGGUAUCUACGAGCGUGGCUUCGGUGAUCUGGUGACACGCAUCAACAACCAACUUGGUCGCUCGAUGGCUGAUGACAACUAUUUCAUUGGCGUGCUGGAUAUCGCUGGUUUCGAGAUCUUCGACAAUAACAGUUUCGAGCAGCUCUGCAUCAAUUACACCAACGAAAAGCUCCAGCAAUUCUUCAACCACCACAUGUUUGUCCUUGAACAGGAAGAGUAUGCCAGAGAGCAGAUUGAGUGGCAGUUCAUCGACUUCGGGAAGGAUUUGCAACCGACCAUCGAUCUGAUCGAGAUGACCAACCCCAUCGGUAUUUUCUCAUGUCUUGACGAAGACUGUGUCAUGCCCAAGGCUUCAGACAAGUCCUUCACAGAAAAACUUCAUUCGCUCUGGGAUCGGAAGACCCCCAAGUACCGCUCUGCUCGUCUUAACCAGGGCUUUGUGCUUACGCAUUACGCUGCGGAAGUCGAAUACACCACACAUGACUGGCUUGAGAAGAACAAGGAUCCCAUGAAUGACAACAUCACGCGCCUGCUGGCUCAAUCUGAUCAGAAGCAUGUGGCAAACUUGUUCUCAGAUUGCGCAGAUUCUAGUGAAGGCGAGGAAAACCCCAGAAGUCGCGUGAAGAGGGGAUUAUUCCGGACCGUGGCACAGAAACACAAAGAGCACCUCUCCAGGUUGAUGGCCCAGCUGCACUCGACUCAUCCCCAUUUCGUCCGUUGUAUCUUGCCAAACCACAAGAAGCGUCCGAAAAUGCUACAUGCUCCCUUGGUACUGGACCAGCUCCGAUGCAAUGGUGUCCUUGAAGGAAUUCGAAUUGCUCGAACUGGAUUCCCUAACCGCCUACCCUUCGCCGAGUUCCGACAACGAUAUGAGGUUCUUUGCAAGAACAUGCCAAAUGGAUACCUGGAGGGACAGAGUGCCGCUCAAAUCAUGCUGGAGAAACUCGGGAUGGACAAGGCCUGGUACCGUGUGGGCCGUACCAAGGUUUUCUUCAGAGCUGGUGUUCUCGCAGACCUGGAAGAGAAGCGAGAUCAGCUCAUUCGGAGUAUAAUGAGUCGCUUCCAGUCUGCCGCCAGAGGCUUCGUCCAGCGCCGCAUCUCAAACAAGCGCCUGUACCGUGCCGAGGCUACGAGAAUCAUCCAGCAAAACUUCCACGCCUAUCUUGAGCUUAAGGGUAGUUCUUGGUGGCGAAUGUUUUCAAGAAUGAAGCCUCUCCUUGGAGACACGCGUACUGCCAAGGAGGUCAAGAAGAGAGAUGACCAGAUCAAGGAGAUGGAAGCAAAAAUGAAGCAAGACCUCGCCGAUAAACAAAAGUUGGAUGAGGACAGGCGCCGUGUGGAGCUCGAGAUUCAGAAGAUACAGCAAACACUGGAGAGCGAGCGUGCUCUUGCACUCGACAAAGAAGAGAUCUUCAAGCGCUUGCAGGACCGUGAAGGGGAGCUCACCGAAAAACUUUCGGAGGCUAUUGCAGACCAGGAGACUUUAGAAGAGCAGUUGGAUAACUUGGUGGAUGCCAAGAAGAAGGCUGACGAGCAAUUGCAACUGCGCGUCACGCAACUCGAACAGGCUGGACAAAUCAUCCAGACACUCGAGUCCGAGAAAAAGCAACUACAAUUUUCGCUGGAGGAAAUUGAGAACAGACUGGCCGAGGCUGAGGGUCAAUUCUCCGGGAAGAAUGGUCAGAUCCAGGAGCUCACCCAAGAGAUCAAGAUGCUCCAAAGCCACCUCAGUUUGAAGGAUCGGAAGCUCCAAGACCUGGAAACCAAGCUGUUGAAAACGGACCAGGAUCUUGAUGUGAAGCUUGCCAACACAUCGAAGGAACUGGACAGGUCCAAGAAGCAGGUCCGCGAGCUUUCUGACGAGAACCAGUCAAUUCGUCAACAGAUCAACGAGCUUUCCUCCACUUCAACCGGCUACGAGGAAAUGCUCCGUCGCAAGGAAAGCGAAAUGGCCGUUCUUCGAAAUGAUGUCAAGAAGCACGACGAAGACACAAGAUCCUUGGUCGCUGAGAAGACCUCUCUUUCUACUCGCCAUGAUAACAUGCAAAAGCGUCUCCGCGAGGUUCAAGCUGAAAGAGAUGCCAUGCGAUCAGAAAAGGUCCAACUGGAGCGAGAGGCGGCAGAUGUUAAGAGAUUACUUGACGAAAAACGAUCUGAAGAUGCCGAAGCUGGUGAAAGCCGCCGGAUGCUGGAGCAGCAGGUUCACGACUUGAAGGACCAACUCUUCAAAACUGAAACAGACCUCAGCCGUGAACGUCAGUCAAGGGAUGAUGUUCAAAUGCUUUCCGAGCACAAUCUCGCCCAGUUGAAGGAGAAGUACGAGGUACUGAAUGACUCCAAGAUCGAAAUUGAGAAGGAGAUGUACAUUCAGCAGGACAGUCUACGUCGAGCGAACGAGGCCCGUGUCGUUGCCGAGAACUCACGUAAAGAGCUGCAAACGGAACUGAUCAAGCUUCGUGAGAGGUUUGCAGAUGUCGAAAAUGCCCGCUUGAAUGCCGAGGCAGAUAUCGAACGCAAGAUCAAGCAACAGGCCGACGAGCAUAUAACCAGCCUGCGGACCGAUCUUGAUGAGAAGACACAGUUGCUCGAGGAUCUUGAAAACGAGCGCUAUCAACUUUCAGUCCGGGUUCAGGAACUUGAACACGCAAUCUCGGAGUCUGACAAUUUCCGCAUUCGCCACGAUCAACACAAGGAGCGUCUUGAAAGGGAGCUUGUUACCUUGAGAGGCCGAUUGACAGCUUCGGAGAACGAUAACCGAUCCCUUCUGACCAAGAUUCAACAAAAGAAUCUGGAUAUUGCUCGCUCGAACUCGAAAGCCAGUGACAACAACAGAGUCCGAUUGACGAAUCUCCAGAAAGAAAAGACCAAGCUCGAUGAAGAGAACAAGAAGCUUGAACGCCAAUUGGAGAAGUUGUCCUUAAGCCUCGAGGAUCUCAACCAUGAAGUCCAACGUGAGCACAAGACCAGUCGCAAUGCUGAGAAGGCCGCCUCCACGGCCAACAUUCAGCUCUCGGAGGCGAACCGCAAUCUCGAAAAUGAGCGACAAUUGCGGGCCCAGGCCCAGGCGAAUACCCGGCAAACUCAGAAUUCUCUGGAUGGAGCCCACAAAGAGAUCGCAGAUCUCCAUCGCCAAUUGAUUCUUCUACACAGAGUCUUCGAACCCGAGGCGUCUGAGCCCACCAAGUCCUGGGAAGCCGUUCAACCGCACCUGUCAAAACAGGUCGACUUGGCGCAAAUUCUUGAGACAGUACAGCACAAACUUCAGGUGACUGAGGAGAAGUACUCGCGCGCCGAAGGCCAGCUUUCGGAGAUGCGCCGACGCCAUGCGGAUGAAAUGAAAGAGCUCGAUACCAGAUACUCGACCUCCAAGCGCGCCCUGCUUGAGGAGAUUGAUCAAAAUGAAGUGGCCAACAAUCGCACACCUACCCACUUCAGGAAGAACUCUGAAAACGCGAUGAAGAGGAUGUCAAACCCGGCGACGCCCAACAGACGCUACAACAAUCUUCAAGAAGGAGCACCUGAUUCUGCUCGGUCAGACAGGACCGUCGAUACAGUGGGCUACCAGAAGCGGAUGGAUGCGGCCGCGGAAAUCGAAGAACUUCAGAACAAGCUUCAGAUGACUGAGAUGCAGAACAAGCAUCUCCAGAGUCAGCUCCAGUCCACUCCCACACGAGAUAUCUGGCAGGAUGAAAGUCCUUCGAUCCGUCGCAUGCAGCUUCUCGAGCGUGAGAACGGACGUCUUCACGACCAGCUGGAUGAUUCUGCUAAAAAGGUCUCGUCUUUGGAGCGAAGUAUCCGCUCUGGACAACUGUCGCUUCGCGAUGUGCAGGCCAAGUCGCAUGAGGAGCUGUAUGAUCUGAUCAACUCGCAGGAGCAGUCUCGCCGCUCCCUGCUCAAGGUCCACAAUGAUACCAUCGCUGAAUAUGGCGAGGUCAAGUCACACCACGAGAAGUUGAAGCGCAGCAAGGCGGCUUUGGAGGUCGAUCUUCGCGACGCUCGCUCCGAAGCCCAAGAGCUGCAAGCCGGCAGAGAACAUGACGCCUCCAGCCGUAACCAACUCCUUCAGGAAUUCUCUGAGUUGCAAAUUCGUCUUGAUGCCGAGACAUCCAGGACUGCCGACCUUGAGUCUAGCCUUAGCUUAUAUAAGAGUCGCGCGGAUGACUAUUUCAGCAAGGUUGAGCAGGCGGAAAUUACUGUUCUGAAGGCUACUCGUGCUGAACAAUUUGCGAAGUCCCAGAGCCAGGAAGCCACAGAGACUUGCGCUCAGAUAAUGUCUGAGCGGAAGGAAAUGGAUGCGCUUGUUGAAGACUUGCAGCGACAGACUCAGUCCCUCGAAGCUCGUAUGGAGGACCAAGCUGCGGAGCUUCAAGGAGCUUUGCAGGCCAAGCAGCGUCUCCAGAAUGAGCUCGAGGACUAUCGGAACCAGCGCGCCAUUGAUCUCGAGGACAAGGAGACCUCGAUGGAGCAGACAAGGCAAAAGUACCAGCGGGAGUUCACCACCAUCAACUGUGAACUCGAGAUGGAACGUGAGCGCCUGCUCAAUGUUCGCGGAGAGAACUCUCGCCUACGUGAGGAUCUGGAGAAUCUUCGAAGCAAGUGGGACGACGAAGUCAUCAACAGCUCGACCUGGGCGAAGGAGAAGGCCCGCUUGGAUAUGGUCAUGCAAGACAUCAGCAACUCCCGCGACGAAGCUGCGAAGGCCCACAACGAAGCCCAGAGCAAGGUUGGCUCACUCCUUUCGCAAGUGCGGACUCUCCGCACCGACAUCGAUGAUGUGACGGCCGAGCGCGACUUGCUUCUUAAGGAUAAAAAGAUGCUUGAGGGCCGGCUAGCAGAAGCCGGCGAGCGCCUUGAGGAUCUUGCCAAGGGUGAGAGCCCAUCUAUGCGCAAUGCCGCCAGCAUGGAUCGUGAGCUUCUCGAGCUCAAGUCCAAACUUGCUCAGCAAGAAGACUUAUCUACUGCCGCUGUUGGUAAGAUGCGUCGCGCUGAUGCCCUGGCUACCGAGAUCCAGAAGGAGCUUACCACCGAGCGUGAGACCAAUGCCCAGCUGUUCAAGGACAAGGCUGGAUUGGAGAAGCAGCUUAAGGAGGUGCAGCUCCGAUGCGUUGAUCUGGAGACCAAGAGCUACUCAUCUGGUAGCCAAGAUGUGCGGUUCUUACACAAGCGUAUCAAGGAGCUCGAGACUCAUCUCGAAGAACAGGAGAGCAAGAACAGUGCCGAGCAGCGCUCUCUUCGCAAUGUCGAUCGUACCGUCAAGGAUCUCCAAUCCCAGAUUGAUCGACGCGACAAGAUGAACUCUCAACUCACCGACGACAUCAACAAGGCUCGAGACAAGAUCGAGCGACUCCUCCAAAACAUCGACGAGCUCCAGCAAGGCGACACCGAGACGCAGUUUCAAGCUCGCCGUGUGGAGCGAGAGCUGCGCGAGGAACGCGAGAAAGCACUACGCCUGGAACGCGAACUCGAAGGAUUAAAGGGAAUGCGAACACUUACCCGGGCCCCCAUGGCCGGUUUGAGCGAUAUGGGCAGCCGACGAGGAAGUGCCGUGUACGGAUCUAAUGACACCCCUCAGCGAAAACCCAGCAACACCAAGGGGUUCUUGUGA